AUGUCUUCCGCCGUCGUAAACACCACGGUUCAAUCCUGUGUCUUAUCGGGAAUCAGCAAUAUCAUCGCACAAUAUAUUUCUGCGUACCAGCGCAAUGCACAAUUCACGAUAAACUGGACACCGGUCCUUUACUUCGUGCUAUACGGUUUGCUGAGCGCCCCUCCAAAUUUCUACUUACAAUCCCUCCUUGAAUCUCUUCUCCCCUCCAAGAAACCAACCUCCCCGCAAAAAAUCUCAGAAAAGGAAUCCGCACUCUCCAAACCCGCUCUCUCGAUCACAAACACCAUUUUAAAAGUAUUUAUCGAUCAAACUCUCCUCGCGCUGCUCAACGUAAUGCUCUUCCUCAUCACUUUUUCAUUAUUCCGCGGAGCGACUCUUCCUCAAGCUAUCCAGUCUGCACAAAAUGAAUACUGGGGUAUGAUGAAAGCGGGAUGGAAGCUAUGGCCAUUUGUGAGUCUGAGCAAUUUUGCCGUGAUUAAGAGUGUGCAGGGCCGGGCUUUGUUAGGGAGUUUGGCGGGGAUUGGUUGGAAUGUUUAUUUGGGAUUGGUGCAGGGGGGGAAGUGA